AUGGAUAAUUCAAAUUUUAGUAAUUCGUCUUCUGUAAAUAUGUCGUACUUUUUAAACAAUGGCAAUAUGAACAUAGACAAAAAUAUUAAUAAUGCAAAUAUGAUUAACAAUGAUGGAAGUGGAAGUAAUAACUGUGUACCCUUUGUAAAUAACGGACAAAGCCAGAAUAACGAUAGUUUUAGUAAUAUAAAUAAAAAUGAAGCUUCCAUUGACAUAUUAGUUAAUCAGAUGGAAAGUUCCUUUUCCAUAAGUACAAACAUAAUAAAGAAUGUAAGUAAUUUGCUUGAGAGUACAAAAAUAGAGGAUAAAAUAAAAGGUAUUCGAUUAGUAUAUGCUUCAUUACAUUAUAAAUAUAGGAAUAACACAGAUUAUAAAAAGAACUUGUUAAAUAGAGGUUGUGUUAUGUUAAAUACACAAGAGAAAAAUGAUGGAGAUCAAUUAGAUACCGAAGGAAAUAAUGGUAAUAAUAAUAAUAAUACGAAUGAACAGCAUAAUAAUGAUAAUAAUAAUAGUAAUAAUAAUUACAAUAAUUUUUUCCCAAAUAAUUACCAUAGUGACAAUAUAGGAUUUUUUUCAAACAAAAAUGAUCCUAGGAAUGGAUUAAAUAAUAAUAGUAAUAACAAUGCUAAUAAUAGCAGUAGUAACAAUAGUAGUAGUAUGUUAAAUAAAUUUUCAGUAAAUAAUCAGAUAAAUUUAAAGGUAUUAAAUUCUAUGAUUUUUACAAAUUAUAAAAGUAUAUCUAAUGUGGACGAAUAUUUUGAUUUGUUAGAUAAAUGCUUAACAAGGGAAAAUGUUAUUGAUAUUAAUUUAAGUGACAUAUUUGAAAUGAAAAUAAUAAACAUCAUUAAAGCGUUACUGUACAAUUACAUAUUCCAUAAUGAUGAAAUUAUUGUAGAGGCAUUGACAUUAUUAAUUAUAAUUUUUGGUUGCUGUGGUUCAAACGAAAAAAUCAAACAGGAUGUAGUAGAUGAAUUAUACACAUGUGCUAUAUACAUGUUAAAAAAUAUCUGUCAAAAAUCCUGUGAAAAAGUGUACACACCUUUAAUUGUACAACUUAUCAUAGCAUUAUUUAGAACUAUACUAAUAUACGAUAUAGCAAAAUUAAAAAAUGAUUUGAUAGAUAAUAAAGGAAUAGUAGAAGUGUUAUUAAAAGCUGUAGAGAACAUUCCUAAUUUAAAUGGAGUUCGUGUAUGCUACACUUUGGUAGUAUAUGGUUUAAAAAUGUUUUAUGUUUCCACAUGUCAAAUAUAUGAAAAAUCAUUUUUAAGAGAACUUGAGGUAAUUACAAAUUAUUUAUCUACUUGUAUAAAAAUGAAUGACGAACGAGUUUUAUUUUUAACAAGUUCCACUUGUAUAACUAUUUGUGAAAAUCAAAUAGGAAUUGAUGUUUUACUCAAAACAGAUAUACUACAUAAUGCUGUAAUAUUAUGCGAGUCGUCUAAUCCUGAUUUAGCCUUCGAAGCUUUAUCAAUUAUAUCGAAAAUAGCCUAUGCUGCUAAUCAUCAGCAAAUUUGUAUACUCAUAUCAUGUAAUGUUAUAAAGGCUUUGAAAAAGAUUUUGAAUAAUACCAGAAUCAAACCAGGAGCUAGAGCAAGGGCAUGUAAUGCUUUAGGAAAUAUUGGUUGUGAAACUGCUUCAGAAGUAGAGUUGUUAAUAAAAAAUGAUGUAUUUCCUUUAUUAGUUGAUAUUUUUCAAACAGAUAAUGAUUUUAAUACCAAAAUUGAAGCAGCUUAUGCUGUUUGUGCAUGUUUGUCAAAAGCUAACCAAAAACAGGUUGGUUAUAUUAUUUCCUGUACGGCCACAACAAAUAGAUUAGGGCAAAAUAUAUGUAUGCAACUAAUUGCAGACAUGUUGGAAUUAGUUAGUGAAUCAGAUCCAAUGAAUAAUGGAAGUGUUAAAUUGUGUAAAAGUAUAUUAAGAGGUCUGGAAAACAUUUUAGAUAAAGGGGAUGAUGAAACAAGGGAUUUAUCUCUUUGGGAAAAUCCUUAUGUAUUUAUGUUUAAAGAAGUUCAAGGAGACAUUAAACUCUUACAAAUGCAGUUUUUCCCAGAAUAUUAUGUAGUUAACAAGACAUACGAUAUUUUGGCGAAAUAUUUCUCUUUGACGUCAACAUGGAACAACAGAAAAUGA